AUGUCAGAGCUGUCAGGAUAUACUCGCAUGAGUGUUACGCAGAAUAAUCUCCAAGAGCUUAAGGAUAUUUGGGAUCAAUGGGGCAACGAGACUAAACAGUUAUUCUAUGGUAAUUACGGAGAUUUACCUUACUUGCUCGAUGUUCAAAUAGAUAAGCACUUGUUCCGAGCCCUCGCUCAGUUUUGGAAUCCAACGUACAGUUGCUUUACUUUUGGGGAGGUAGACUUGGUGCCCACCGUAGAGGAAUACACUGCCUUGUUACGUUGUCCCAAAAUUAAAGAGAAGGACGAGUGCAAGUGCAUUUCAUGGGAUGCUUUGAAGGGUCUGAUCUUGACACACCCUGAUGAAGCAAAAAGAGUAGAUGUUUUUGCCUUAAGUUUGUACGGAUUGAUGGUGUUCCCUAGAGCUUUGGGAUAUGUGGAUGAGGCAACCACGGAUCUUUUCCAUAAACUCAGUAAGAGGGUCACCUCUGUCCUUGCAAUUUUGGCAGAGACAUUCAGUCAUUUUCGGUUGAUAAAUAAGGUCGUUUGUCGGUUUUUCUUCGAGGAUUACUCACCCCUGAAAGACAUAGUCACUUCAAUUAGAAGAGUUGAUGUUCCAGAGGAGAAUUGGAUUGCACUACUUCAAAAUCUUCAGUCGAAAGAUGUUGAGUGGAGAGCUCCGUGGAUGAUUCCUAGUGAGAUUCUUUACCAUUGCGGCAGUUUCGAUUGGGUCCCUUUAUUGGGAAUUUGGGGUGCCAUUGGUUAUGCCCCCUUGCUCGUGUUAAGGCAAUUCGGUUUGAGGCAGUUCGUGCCAGCAACUCAUGGGCUAACUCAAAGUGAGUUCGCAUAUAGAGGAGCCGAUUACAAAAAAAGGGUCGGUGAGAUCUCUAGCGCUUGGAACAAGACGUGUCGGUUGAAAGGAGUAGCUAUUGGCCCUGCUACGACUCCAGAAUAUGUUGAAUGGAGAGGUAGAAGGAUCAAUGAUAAUAUUCCUGAGCCAAGUAUGGAAGGAACUCGACCGAUGGAGGAAUAUCUGCAAGUGAUGCCCUCGGAGUUAGAAAUUAUGAAGCAAGAAUUUGAGAGGAAAAAUUUGGAGCUUGAAAAAAGGAUAGCAAAGCUCGAAGAAGAAAAGAUGUACUUAAGUUUAGAUAUCAAUGUCCAGAAGAUGGAGGUCGAGAAAGAAAGAAAGGAAAAGAGGAAAAUUGAAGAGGAUAGAGAUGAUUUGAAGGAACACUACAAAAAGGCACAAGUAUCUUUAAGAAGAGCGAAAAUAGGAGGGUCUUCAGAUCAGUUGCAGAAAGAGGUCCAAGAAGGAAAGGCUAGAGCUGAGUACUGGGAGAAGAAGUUUCAGGAGAUGCAACCGCGGAAUUUGGCAUUAGAAGAAGAGAAUAAAGGGUUGAAGUCUAAAAUAACUGAGCUUGGAAGAUCCCUUCGUUGGCAUCGCAACCAUGAUUCUACGGUUGAGUUAAAAGAGCUAAAGAGUAAAGUUGAAGAUUUGGAAGCAGCAUUGUAG